GAGACUCCUAAAAAGAUGAAGAGAAAGAAAAAGAAACCAAAGGAAGUGACGGAGGAAGUCAGUCAGCCUGAAGAAGAAUUAAGUCCAAGAGAAAUUGAAGAUGAAGGCAAAAUUUUAGCUGUUAUGAUACAUCGAACUGAUAAACUAAAAAAUAACUUUUAUAUCCAACAUCCUUUAGUUCGCGUUCAUAUUGUAGACCAGAUUACUGGACAUUAUCUGGUAAAACAACACCAAGACAGAGCCGUGACGUCGUAUUACGAAACGAGAGCGGAUCAUUUAGAAGAGAUACUUCCUAUUAUGACCCAACCCUUCGUUUUCCGUCAACAGAAAUCCACUCUACCAGUUUGGGAAGAACUUUUAGUAUUCAAUGAAAAUUUUAAUUAUUUUAUUCAAGAUCGUCCACAAGUAAUAGUGUUUUUUGAGUUGAUUGAUUUUGUGAGUAUGAACAAGGCCAGCAGACAGUAUGAGGGUAAUAAGAGCGCAGGUGGUUGGCACAGAAUUGCAUGGGCUUUCUUGAAGAUUUUUGGAGGAAACGAAGAAUUAAAUGUAGACAAGAAAGUAAGGCUACAACUUUUUGAACCACCAAAUAAUUAUAAGUUGAAAACUAGUCAAGUGGAGCUUUUCCAAUGGUGGCAGAAUACUAUUCGAGAAUCUUACCCAUCAACUUUGUAUGUCACAAUAAAGGGAAUCAACUCCCCUAAUAUGGUAGAACCAUCCACCAGGUCUAUGUUUCCUACACAAGAAGAACUUGGCAAGAUGACUUAUGAAGAUUUACAAAGGAGUAUGAAUUUAACUUCUAAAACUCACGAAGAAAGCAAGAGGCCUUUAACAAUGUGGAACAGACUUCAUGGCCAGACAUGUCGUAUACCCAACCAUCACAUGAUGUCUUUGAAAGCAGGCAGAAAGGGUUGCUUUGUUUUGAGAUUCUCCCAUGAUGGACGAAGUCUGGCGUGUGCUUGUCGAGAUACAGAGACCUAUCCCAUAAUAAUAUAUGAUAUUCCCUCCGGGGAGCUUGUGGGAGAACUGACAGGUCAUUUUGGUAUCGUUUAUGAUCUCUGCUGGUCUAAACGAGACACACAUCUUCUGUCUGCUUCUAACGAUGGUACAGCAAGAAUCUGGAAUGUCAAGAAGUUUCUCGAGGACCAUGUUUUGCCGCAUCCAACUUUUGUCUACACGGCUCAGUUUCAUCCCAAAAUUGAUUCCGUAAUUGUAACUGGAGCCUUUGAUCAAGUAAUCAGGGUGUGGGAUGUCGAAGGUGAAAAUGAGGAUGAUUAUUUGAAGCAGGAAAUAGAGGAUCACCAGGGCCAUGUUAAUUCAGUUUGUUUUGAUGAAGAAGGUGAGAAGCUGUAUUCAGCUGAUAGUAAAGGAGUUAUAAUGGUCUGGAAUACUUACAUUGAUCCUCGUCGUGGAUAUAUCACAAAUUGUACCAAGUAUCAAGAAAUUAAGGAACCCAGCAUUAAAGACACGCCCAUUAACUAUAUGAAAAUGCAUCCAAGUGGUCGUAAACUUUUAGUUCAUUGUCGUGACAACAUAAUUAGGCUAUUUGAUCUUCGCGUUCAACGAGUUAUUCAGUUUUAUAUAGGAUCUUUAAACUUCCGCGACAAAUUACGCAGUGCUAUAUCACCCUGUGGUACCUUUGUUUUUGCUGGCAGUGAGGACAACAUAGCGUACGUGUGGAACACAGACUCUGGUGAUCAAGUAGCGAAAUACUCAGAGUUGAAUUACAACCAGCCUGUAACAGAUGUUGAAUACCAUCCUAGAGAUCACAUCAUUGCCUUAUGUUCCAUUGGAGAAAAUCAACCUGUACUGCUGUAUAAAUACGAUCCAAACACAGCCUUACUGGAAGCUGAUGAAGCCCUGGUUGCUACAGCUAGAACUAUGGAAAGUCCACGCAGAACCCACAGAAAAGAUGAUCCUGAAAGACAAACUUUCUCCCCAGAACCAACAUCAGCUAGAAUUUUGACAAAGGAUCAAUUUUAUGCACAUGAAGCAAACCGAUAUCAUAAUGUUUUGAAAAAGUUGGAGACUGUUACCCUUGGAGGUGAUCCUACCCUGUUCUCACCACACGCCCCUCCCACCAUGUCCAGUGUCAUGCAGCAACAAACUUUUAACUCCCAAUCUCUGUAUAUGAAAGAUGCUGACUCAUCAUGGCGACCAGGCUUCUCAGAUAUUGGUCGUAAUAGUGCACCUGUUGGCAGAAGUCCACCAAAGAAAAUGGUGGUUGCUAUCUGUGAUUAUAAAGGCCAAAGAUCAGAUGAACUGUCGGUAUUUAAGGGUGACGUGAUUCGGUUGCUGUAUAAGGACUCAGCUAACUGGUGGAUGGGAGAACUAGCCAAUGGACAACAAGGAUAUUUCCCCGCUAAUUAUGUUGCCGUAGAA